UCUGUCAAAAUUUUAAUUCCUUAUUCUUUAUGCGUCUUUGCGUGCGUUGGGAACGAGAUAUUUGCAUCUGAUCUUUCAUUUUUAGAUAAGAAAAAAUUUCUAGAUAGAAAUCUCUAGCAAUCGUUCAAUGGCUGAAUCAAGAUCCAGCCGAGAAAAAGAAGUGAAAGCGCCCAAUGUAUUUGAGAGGGCAAAGGAAGAGUUUACGGCGGUUUUUCACCAUAUGAAACUCCCGAAUCGCCAUCGCAAGGAAACUCAUGGACUGCGUAAUGAUCUCGAUGCGAGUACAUCUAUGGGUGAUGUUAAGGCACCAAAUGCAUUUGAAAGAGCAAAGGAGGAAAUUGAGGCCAUUGUGGAGGCAAUUCAUCAUAAGAAGGAAUCGAAAAGCCACGGUUCAUCUUCAUAUAGUGAAAAUAGAAAUUCUGGCUCAGUGGAUCAUUUGGAAUCAAAGAAACCAGAAAUUUCUUCAGAGAAGGACGGGAAGGCACCAUAUCAUAUUAAACGGAAGAAGGAAGAGAUUGAGACACUGAUGCACAAAGGGAAGUCGCCACACCAUCAUCAUAAAGAAACUCAUGGAAGGAGUGACGAUAUUGAUGAAAGUACACCAAUCAGCAAAGUUAAAGGCCCAAAUGUGUUUGAACGAGCAAAGGAAGAAAUUGAGGCACUUAUUGGGACAAUUCACCCGAAGAAGGAUUCUGAUAAUGCUGUGCCCUCAACAAAGAAGAAAGGUGGUUUGCCAGUAUCUAUUGGAAGAGGGUUGGAAAAGUUUUGCUCUCCUCGCAGUCAUAAUAGGGAUUGAUAUUUUAAUUGUUAUGAAGAUUAGUUUUUUGAAAUUUACGUCAUGAAAACCACAUUUUAUGAAAUUUAACAGAGAAUAAAAAAUUCCUUUCAAAUUACAA